GCUGCUGAGGUUAAAUGACAAGGCUCGAGCUGCAGUGCAUUGCGGGGACGGGCAGGAUAAGAAGGUAUAAUAACCGGAUAGGACCGGGGAAGGAAGGAAAGGGACGGUGCCACUUGGAUUCAAAGACAUCGAACCUCGCCUUAAUUUAGAUUCAGAAUGGGGAAUAGAGACGACGAGUAUGAUUACUUGUUUAAAGUGGUGUUGAUAGGAGACUCCGGUGUGGGGAAGAGUAACCUGUUGUCUCGUUUCACCCGGAAUGAGUUUAACCUGGAGAGUAAGAGCACCAUCGGGGUGGAGUUUGCCACCCGCAGUAUCCAGGUGGAUGGGAAGACCGUGAAGGCUCAGAUCUGGGACACAGCUGGCCAGGAGAGAUACCGGGCUAUUACAUCAGCGUAUUACCGUGGGGCAGUGGGGGCCUUGUUGGUCUAUGACAUCGCCAAGCACCUGACCUAUGAAAACGUGGAGCGUUGGCUGAAGGAGCUGAGAGACCAUGCAGACAGCAACAUCGUCAUUAUGCUGGUCGGCAACAAGAGUGACCUGCGCCACCUCAGGGCCGUGCCCACAGACGAGGCACGGACAUUCGCAGAGAAGAACGGGUUGUCUUUCCUGGAGACCUCAGCCCUGGACUCUACUAACGUGGAGACAUCCUUCCAGACCAUUCUGACUGAAAUCUAUCGCAUCGUGUCUCAGAAACAGAUGUCGGACCGACGAGACAACGACAUGUCGCCUAGCAACAACGUGGUCAACAUCCAGGUGCAGCCGACGGAGAACAAACCAAAGAUGCAGUGUUGUCAGAGCAUCUAACAGCCUCACCAGUAGCACCUGAUCCCCUCCCCUAAAAGACUGCUUGGUCCUGUCUGACUGAGACACAGCUGCAUGGCCAGGCUCUAGACUGAGACACAGCUGUGUUGCCAGGCUCUAGACUGAGACACAGCUGUGUUGCCAGGCUCUAGACUGAGACACAGCUGUGUUGCCAGGCUCUAGACUGAGACACAGCUGUGUUGCCAGGCUCUAG